CAUACUCACGUUCUUAUUUUGUGUUAACAUGACUGGAGGUGUGCUUACAUCGGUGAGACUGCUUUUAAAUGUUUCACACAGAAUCUACGUUCAGUGAUAAAUUGCGCUGCUCUCUUCUACAAUCGCCCACUGUUCUGAAACGACAAAGAACUUUGGUGAACGUUUUUAUUUCAUAAUAGGUUAUAUCUGUCCAAUAAAUUAUGCGCCUGAGGCUCUUUUGCAUUGUCUUUUUGUUUUACUAUAUCCAUUCUGGAGAUUCUCGGCGAUUUAGAGAAGGUGGAAGAUCACCUGUUAUUUUCGUUCCAGGAGAUGGCGGAAGUCAAGUCGAAGCAAUUGUCAAUAAGACCAAUGUGGUACAUUAUUUAUGCGAAAAGGUAUCAUCUGAAUUUUUCAACAUUUGGUUGAACCUAGAACUUCUAGUACCAGUUAUAAUAGACUGUUGGAUUGAUAAUAUGAAGUUGAGUUAUGACAAUGUUACUCGCACUACAAAGAAUCAAGAUGGAGUACAUAUAAGAAUACCAGGCUGGGGUGAUCCUUUUGUAGUGGAAUAUCUAGACCCCAGUAAAGCAUCGCCAGGAUAUUAUUUCAAGGAUAUUGGAAAUAUGCUUGUUACCGAGCUUGGUUACGUUAGAAACGUUUCUUUGCGAGGAGCACCCUAUGACUUCAGGAAAGCACCGAAUGAGAACGAUGCAUUUUUUGUCAAUCUUAAAACACUCAUUGAAGUAACAUAUGGACAGAAUAAUAAUCAACCGGUAACUUUAAUAGCACACAGUAUGGGUAGUCCUAUGUCACUGAUCUUCUUGCAACGGCAGACUCAAACUUGGAAGAAUAAAUAUAUUAAUUCGUUGAUAACCCUUGCCGGGCCUUGGGGAGGAUCGGUCAAAGCACUUAAAGUUUUCGCUAUUGGGGAUGACUUGGGUACAUAUGUCUUACGACAAAGCACCCUGAAAGAGGAGCAGAUCACUAGCCCAAGUUUAGGAUGGCUAUUACCAUCAAAAUUAUUCUGGAAAGACACUGAAGUUCUGGUACAAACGGAGCAAAUGAAUUACACUCUGCAAAAUCUGCAACAAUUUUUCCUAGACAUAAAUGUCCCCAAUGGCUGGGAAUUUCACAAAGAUUCUGAAAAGUACCAACUGGACUUUACACCGCCAGGUGUUGAAAUACAUUGCUUACAUGGCGUUAACGUUGACACAGUGGAAAAGCUAUACUAUAAACCAGGAACUUCUGUGAAUGAUUAUCCUCAGUUAAUACCCGGAGACGGGGAUGGUACUGUCAAUCUCAGGAGCCUCGAAGGUUGCCGGUAUUGGCAAGGCAAACAGAAGCAAAAAAUUUAUCAUCAACCCUUCCCAAAGGUAAAUCAUAUGGAUGUGCUCCGGAAUCCUGUAGUUUUAGAUUACAUUAAAGCUGUUCUAAAAACGUGAUAGAAUCAAAUGACGGUGAAGUGAAGGAUUACGUAAGUGAACGUCACUUGUAUAGCUGAAUUAUUUCUGUGGCAGUGAACAUUUAAAGAGGCCGAACAGUUAGAUAAAAUAUCAUGUACAUAUUAGAAUACUUUAUAAUUUUGUUAUGUCUUUUGAGCAAUUCUCUUGACAAUGACCGAAGCAAGCCUUUGUCUUGCCUAUCAGUGAACAUCCUUCAUAGUUACCUAAUUUUGCUCAAAUAAAUUUAAGGUGAAUUCCUGUUGACAGAGUGUAAUUCUACAGUUACUUAAUGAUAAACCAUAUAGCACAAACUGUUUCGAUGCAAUUGUUAGGAACAGAAAUAUAGUACAAUUUUUUACGUA